AUGUUGAAUAUAGUCAUAGUUCUGGCAAUAUGCACAGCCCCAUUGGCUGCGCUGUACUGGCGGCACUACAGGACCCACAUUGCUUGUCGGCGGUACUGCAAAAGUAAUGCUAACCUAGAGGGGAAAACGGCGAUCAUAACAGGGGCCAGUUCAGGUAUCGGCAAAGCGACGGCCCUGGAUUUGGCCCGACGAGGCGCCCAGGUCAUCCUGGGCUGUUGCGAUCUCCAGCAGGCCCAAGAUGCCGCCGAGGAGAUCAAGGUACGCACGGGCAACUCGAAGGUUGUGGUGCGCCACCUGGAUCUAGCCAGUCUGCAGUCCGUCCGGGAGUUCGCUCGCAAGACCAUCGAAAGUGAAGAGAGACUUGAUAUUCUUGUUAACAAUGCAGGAGUUCCUGAUGUCGGUAACGAGAACCUUUUUACCAAGGACAAUUUCCACCUCGUCUUCGGCAUCAACUACUUUGGCCACUUUCUCCUCACCAACCUCCUCCUGGACCUGCUGAAGAAGAGCGCCCCCAGCAGGGUGAUCACUGUGGCCUCUAUCGCGCACAGCUGGGAGACUGUUCCCCUGGACUUGACCCGUGAGGACCUGUCCUACAAAGCGGGAGACACGACCGUGGACGUUGGGCGACGGCCCGGGGCAAGCCAAGACAGAGCCCGUGUCCUGUAUCCGCACCUGCGCACCUACGGGCAGAGCAAGCUGGCCGGUAUCCUCUUCAGUCGGGAGCUGGCCAGGCGUCUAGAAUCCACUGGCGUCACCUCGGUCACUGUACACCCAGGGUUUGUCAACACCCCAAUCUGGCAAUACUUCAAAUGCAACCUGUCCAUGGCAGUGCUGUAUUACACGAUGUGGCCGAUUAUGUGGUUUCUCAUGAUAGACGAGGAGGCGGGUGCCCAGACCACUCUCCACUGCGCCCUGGACGAGACGGUGGCUAAGCUGCCCGGCCGAUUUUUCGCCAACUGCGCCGUCGCCCAGACGAGUGAGCUGGCCCGGGACGACGAGCAAGCGCAGCGACUCUGGGACAUAAGCUGUCAGGCCACAGGGAUCGAAGAAAGGUCAAACUGAUUAAAGGUUACGGCCGAAUCUGAAAUAUCCAGAGCUAGGAU